AUGACGUUGAGCGCAGAUGGUCCAGGGCUGUCGCACACGGACUCAUUCCAGCACCCUGCGCCCAAAGUGCUGAUCGCCAACCGCGGCGAGAUCGCGCGGCGUGUCAUCCGAACCUGCAAGCACCAUGGCAUUGACACCAUCGCCGUCUACACUCAGGUGGACGCCCUGGCGCCCCACGUGCGCGAGGCCACCCAAGCCGUGUGUCUUGGCAACAAACCCCGCAGCUACACAGACGCCACCAAGCUGCUCCAGGUCAUCAAGGAGUAUGGGGCCACGGCCGUGCACCCCGGUUACGGGUUUCUGUCUGAAAACGAGGAGUUCUGCGCCGCUGUGGAGGAUGCUGGCGUGAAGUGGCUCGGGCCCACGGCCAAGACGAUGCACGAUUUUGCUCUGAAGCACGUGGCGCGCGAGAUCGCGGAGGCGGCGGGGGUGCCUGUGCUCAAGGGCAGCGGGCUGGUCAGCGACCCGGAGGAGGCAGUUGCAGCAGCUGAGGAGAUAGGGUUCCCCGUGCUCCUCAAGGCCACUGGUGGUGGAGGUGGCAGGGGCAUCUACAUCUGCCACGACGUGGAGGAGGUGCGGUCCCAGUUCCACAUCAGCCAGAAGCAGGGGGAGGCCUUCUUUGGCAACAGUGGGGUGUUUGUCGAGAAGUACAUCCAGCGGUGUCACCACAUUGAGGUGCAGAUCUUUGGCGACGGCCAGGGCAAGGUGGUGCACCUGGGGGAGAGGGAGUGCUCCAUCCAGCGCCGCCACCAGAAGGUUCUGGAGGAGACGCCCUCCCCUCUGCUCACAGACGCACUGCGCGGCGACCUCACCAGCGCAGCCUGCCGCCUGGGGGCCGCCGCCAGCUACCGCAGCGCCGGCACUGUCGAGUUCAUAUUUGAUGAGGACGAGUCCAAGUUCUACUUCCUGGAGGUCAACACGCGCCUGCAGGUGGAGCACGGCAUCACCGAGCUGGUGAACGGCGGUGUUGACUUGGUUGAGUGGAUGCUGCGCCUGCAGCUGCCGGGCAUGGAGCCGCUGGACCUCGACACCAUCACCACAGAGCGCUCAGGACACUCCAUCGAGGUACGUAUCAACGGGGAGAACCCUGCGAAGGACUUCCAGCCCUGCCCCGGUAUCCUGGGAGAGGUGGCCUUCCCAUUUGAGAUGGACGGUGUGCGUGUUGACACCUGGGUGGAGACGGGCACUGAGGUGAGCCCCUACUACGACUCGAUGCUGGCCAAGCUCAUGGUGUACGCGCCAACCAGGGAGGCGGCCAUAGCCAAGAUGGCGGAGGCCAUUGCGGCCACCAGGCUGCAGGGUGUGCCCAACAACCUGGAGUUCCUGGGGCACAUCGUCAAGGACCCCCGCUUCAUAGCAGGCUCCACCACCACGAGCUUCCUGGAGGCUGUGUCCUUCAAGCCGCACGUCAUGGAGGUCGUGCUGCCAGGCCUCCAGACAAGCGUCCAGGAUUACCCGGGCCGCGUGGGCCUGUGGCGCGUGGGCGUGUCGCCCUCUGGUCCCAUGGACGCCCUGAGCCACCGCCUGGCCAACGCCCUGGUCGGCAACGAGGAAGACGCGGCCGCCCUCGAGUUUGGCCUCACGGGUCCCACGAUCAAGUUCCACUGUGACGGUCUGGUGGCCCUGGCUGGCGCUGAGUUUGACGUCACGCUGGACGAUGAGCCCGUGGCGUGGUGGAGCAGCUUCAAGGUGGCAGCAGGCCAGGAGCUGCGUAUUGGGGCGGUGCACCCCGACAGCGGUGUGCGCGGCUACCUGGCUGUGGCAGGGGGUGUGGACGUCCCCAAGUACCUGGGCAGCCGUUCCACGUUCCCGGGGGGCAAGUUUGGAGGCUACCAGGGCAGGUACCUCAACCCAGGCGACUCCCUCCCCAUUGGCGCGACGGCCUCAGACGCCGCCCCCACCGCCCUGCCCAAGGGCUGGCUGGACCAGUACGCCGGCGCGGUGCAGGUUGCGCCGGGGACAGGGGCCGGCGAGCCCACUGUAGUGGGGGUGCUGCCCGGCCCCCACGCCAACCCUGACUACUUCACGGACGACGCCAUGGACGUGUUCUACUCCAGCCCCUACGAGGUCCACUACAACAGCAACAGGCUUGGCGUGCGCCUGAACGGGCCUCGCCCAACGUGGACGCGCACGGAUGGUGGCGAAGGUGGCAGCCACCCCAGCAACGUGCACGACCACACCUACGCAAUCGGCACUGUCAACUUCACGGGUGACAUGCCCGUGAUCCUGAUGGUGGAUGGCCCCAGCCUGGGUGGCUUUGUGUGUGCGGCCACCAUCCCCAGCAGUGAGCUCUGGAAGGUCGGCCAGGUGCGCCCCAAUGACAACAUCACCUUCAAGCAGAUCACCAUCGAGGAGGCGUACGUGGCCGCGCUGCGCACAGACGCCCUCAUGGCGGCAGUUAAGGCUCUGUCGCGGGGCAAGAUGGACGCCAAGGCCGCCGCCGCCAGCCUUGACGGCUUUGAGGUCACUGUGCCCAAGAUGCCCGAGACCAAGGCUGUGCUGGUGGACGUGGCGGCCUCUGACAGCCACCCAGGCUACCUCGUACGCCUCGCAGGGGACAGGUACGUGCAGCUGGAGUAUGGUCCCAUGGAGCUGGACCUCAGCCUCAGGGCGCGCAUCCAUGCCCUGGAGAAGGAGCUGGCCGCACUGUCGCUGGCCGGCCUCGUGGAGACGAGCGCUGGUGUGCGGUCAGUGAUGAUCGAGUACGACCAGAGGGCUCUCGUGCUGCCAGACCUGCUAGAUGCCAUAGCCAGGGCGGACGGCGCCAUCGGCAACGUGGCGGAGAUGGUGCUGCCCAGCCGCAUCGUGCACCUGCCCAUGGCGUUCGACGAGAGGUGGACCCACGAGGCCCUGGAGCGCUACGCCAAGAGCGCGAGGCCCGAGGCGCCCUACCUGCCCAGCAACAUCCAGUACAUCGCCAAUAACAAUGGCCUCGAGGGCAAGGAGGACGUGCGCCGCAUCGUGUUUGAGGCGUCCUAUUUGGUGCUGGGGCUGGGUGACGUCUACCUGGGAGCACCAUGCGCGGUACCUGUCAACCCCCUGCACCGGUUGGUGACGGCUAAGUUCAACCCCGCUCGCACAUUCACACACGAGGGAACUGUCGGUAUUGGUGGCAGCUACAUGUGUAUCUACCCGAUGGACUCCCCCGGCGGCUACCAGCUGGUGGGCCGCACCCUGCCCAUCUGGAACACCUUUGGCCGCACCAGGGCCUUCACACCUGAGAAGCCGUGGCUGCUGGAGUUCUUUGACCAGGUGCGGUUCUUCCAGGUCAGUGAGGACGAGCUGGAAAACCUGCGUGAACGCUUUGCUGCGGGGCAGUAUGACAUCAGCAUCGAGUCAAAGACGUUCUCCAUGGCGGAUUACACCGCUAUGAUCACAGAGCCUGAGAUGGUGGCCCAGUGGGCCGCGUGGAAGGCCCAGCAGCGCGCUGCGAGUGAGGUGCAGCUGCAGCUGGAGGAGGAGAGCCUUGCACGUCUGGAGGCGGCCAGGGCAGCCAAUGGAACCGCCCAGGAAGGGUCAGCUCAGGGCGGCUCAAAGUUGGACACUGACCCGGCUUGGGACGGCCCAGGCUGCACGAAGGUGUGCGCCGGCUUCACGGCCAGUGUAUGGGACAUCAAGGUGAAGGAGGGCGACACCGUGGCCAAGGGCGACACCGUGGUGGUGCUGGAGGCGAUGAAGAUGGAGUCGCCCGUGGUUGCACCCGUGGCGGGCACCAUCAAGGCCAUAGUGGCAGAGCAGGGCGCAAUGGCGGCUGGCGGUCAGCUGCUACUGGUGAUCGAGGUUGCUGCCCCCAGCUGA